UAUUUUUUUUUUGUUUUGUUUUUCAUAUUCACAAAAUGAAAACAAUUUAAAACAUGAAUAUUUGUAAAGAACGUAUCAAUAAUCGUACCAAAUCAUUAAGAAAAAAAUUUAGCCGUAAUCGUAGCUAUUCAGAAUUAUCAUUUAAAGAUGUAACAUCACCAUCAUCUACAUCAACGGCUGCUGCUGGUGGUGGUGGUGGUACAACAAUCGCAGCAAUAUCAGCUGCAACGUUAACGGCGCCAAAUACAUCAUCACAAUCAUUACGAAGUCCAUUUCAUUUGUUGUCGAAAAAAACAUCUACAUCAUCAUCGGUCAUUAUACCACAGCCACCUGCAUCAGCUGGACCAAUUAUCCAAUAUCAACAAUUACAGAAUGAAUCAUAUGGUUCUGCAUUUGAUCUUAACAUAGGACCAGGUUCACCAACAAUUGAUCCUAUUGGUCGUAUCGAUACGAUUGGAAGACCAUUUUCAUGGCAACAUGAUGUUGCCAUUCAAUGUGAUCUAAUACCUGCACCACAAUUGUUUAUUGGAACAUCAGAUGUGAAAAAAUCUACAAAGAAAAAUCUAUCUUCAUCCAUAUCACAUUCGGCAACAACAACAUUAAUUAAUGUUGCUGCAGCAAAACUUCGAAAUAUUACUGAUCAUCAUAGCUAUGGUGGUGGAUUAAAUCAAUCAUCAACAUUGAUGACAACAUCAGAAAAAACAACAGGAAACGGAACCACCGGCGGCGGUGGAUGUGUUGGUCGAUUCUGGAAAAGUACAAUGAGUGUAACAUUUCAUCCACAGAAUAGUGGCCCAUCAAGUCCAUUUACAUUAUCAGCAGCGGCAUUAAAUGGAAAAAAAUCAACGUUUCAUUGGACGGCAAGUGUACGACGACGACAACGUCGUACGCCAAUAUUAAAACGUGCAGCAUCAUUCAACGAUAAUUCUGGUAUGGGUGAAUAUGCUCGUUUAGUACAAAGUACAUCAUCACCAUCAUCACCAGAAUUAAUUCAUAGUGGUGAUUAUCUAUCUACGGAUAUUGUAGGAUUAAGUACAACUUCACAGCCAAAAUUGAUCCGUCCAACGGCUUUAUUAAGUGCAAGUGCUGCAAUGACGGCCACAGCAACAGCAUAUCCACAUUUAGCUACGGUUAAAUCCAUCAAAACCGAAACACCAUCUACAUCAUCGAUAAAUCAUCGACGUAAUAAGCAAAUAUUUUCAGCUCCAGAUUCAUUCGAUGAUUCAACUGUCGAUGAUGAUGAUGAUAAUGAUAAUGAUGUUGAUACCGAUACGAAUAUCGUGAUUCUUGAUAAUAGUAAUCAAAAACGACAAAAACGUAUUAGUGAUCGACGAAAUCUAUCGAAAUCAUCACAUUAUCAUAACGAUGAACAUUAUUAUGUUGAUGAUGAUGAUUAUGAACAACGGAAUCGUUCCGGUGACAAUGAGCUUUAUAAUUUUGACACUAAAAACAGACUUUUGAACAUAUCACUUGAAGCAUCAAGCCAACAGGAACAAAAAAUGGCCAUGAAACCAUUUCUAUUAGAUCUGCCAAAAAAUAGUGGAUCAAAUAAUGGUUUAGGUACAGGUGCCGGUAACGGUAGCUGUGUUGGAAGCGGUCUCCAAGUACCGGGUGGUUCUACCGCACAUUCAUAUCUAAAUCUACCAUCACCAAAUAUCCAGUCAGAGAUUCAAGAUGUAAAUCCAGUUUUAAGAAAAUUAUCCGUUUUAAGUAAACAACCGGAAUUAAUUCUACAACAACAUAAUCAUCAUCAUCAUCAUCAUCAUCAUCAUCAACAACAACAACAACAACAGCAACAGCAGCAGCAACAACAAUCAUCUGGACAAUAUGGCCAACAACAACAAAAUUAUCAUCAUCAUUCGAAUGAAAAUAAUCGUAAAGGUGGAAAAAGUCGAAAAUCUUGUGAUUCACAAAUAGAUGAUGAUUAUCUUCUCUAUGAUUAUGAUGAUACGGAAUUAAUGGCACCAGAUGAACAGCCAUCAGUUGAAGAGCUACAACGACGACGUCGUCGUCGAGCACUUGUACCACCGAAAUUAAUUACUGAUGGUCCGUCUAUCGAUGAUGAUGAUGCAGGAUCGGAUAAAUCUAUUACAAAUUCUGCAACAAAUGAUGAUCCUCGAGAUGAUGAUGAUAAUAAUUUCGGUGAACGAUCACCACCAAUCAAUAAUAACCAAUCUUCAAAAUGUGGAAUCUCAAUCAUUGAUACACCAGUCGCCAAUUAUAACAAAAAUUCUGGACGAAAUUCAUUGCCAAGUUUUAAUGUAGAAAUAACCGGUUGUAGUGGUCCAACCUCAUCAUCGAUAGGUGUGGAACAAACAUCUGAUGGAUCAGUAUCGGAUCAUCCUGAUUCUGGUGAUGAUUGUUGUAAACGAAAACCAACAUCAACUAUGAUUGGUGAUGAUGGUGGUGUUGAUGGCCGUAAAUCACCACGUAGUGAUGAACAUUCAUCACCACCAAGUUCAAGUUCAAGUAAUUUACUUGGUGUUAAUCUUCAUAGCCCUUCAAAUAAGAAUCGUCGUCGUUCAUCAGUUGUGGUUAUACCACCGAUGCAAAUAUGUCCUGGUGAUCUACUUGUCUAUAGUAAAGUAUUGACACAACGUGCCAAUAUGAUUGCUGAAGGUGGUGGCCUUGCAUCGAGCUUAUUAAGUGAACACGAUAACCGUAAAUCACAUAAAAAUACCUGGUCUUUAUUACGGUUGUGUGUUCAGUUUGACAGGUCAGGAAGCCGAUCAAAAGCUGAUCAAAUUCUUUGUGGCCUUGAAGAAUUUCUAUCCAAUCUUCCGCCAUCAAAUUCAUUUUUUGAUGAAUCAAUGCUUCGUUAUCGUGCUAUAUCAUGGUAUGAAUUUCAAUCAAGAUUAGAAAAACGUCGAACAUCGAAUGAUGGUUCAACAUCUUCAGCUGUAUCGUUGAUCAAUGCCGUAUCGAUUGGCCAAGCUAAUCAGCAUCAAUUUCAUUCAAGAUUUAUUGAUAAUUCUCGUCAUAGUUCAUUACAAUCGAAUGCAUUGGAUACGAUAGCUAUCAAUUGUCCAAUAUGUCAUCGUACACAGAAUGUAGUUGUUAUGGCAAUUCAACCAUCACAACCACAGCCACAACCACAACCACCUGUACCGAAUGUUCAGACACAGGUAGCUCCAGGAUUAAUGCCAAUCAAUAUGCAACAGAAAGCGGCAUCAUACAGUGUUGAUCGUUUAUUAAUGCAAAAUAAUGACUCCAACGCAACAACAACAACAACAACAAAUAAUGCCAAAUAUGAAGUACAAAGUGCCAAAUAUUAUCAACGUACUGAUUCUGUUUCCACUGAACAAGAAGUGGAAAGCAUUGUGGAUUUUGAAAUUGCUGAUAAUCCUACGGCAGAUCAAACACAACAACAACCACAGCCGCCAUCUAAUGCCAGAUCUCAACAACCAAAUAAUUCAGUUAAUGUUACCACCGACAUCUAUGGACCGGGUCCACCACCAGAACCAUCACAAUUUUGUCGUGAUUGUUUUCAACAAUUUAAAAGAGAAAAACGUCGUAGAGAAGCAUUGUGGGAAUUAUUUCAAAGUGAACUAUUAUUUCUUGUUGAUCAUUUAAUUGUAUUGAAGAAUGUAUUUAUGGAACCAUUGAAAAAUAUCCAAGUAGAAGGUUAUGCAAUGUUUGCCGAACCUGAAGUAUUAUUUGGUAAUCUUGAUGAAUUAUGUUUAGUUACAUAUGCAUUCUGUAAAGAAUUUCUAAAUCUUCUUAUACAACAAGAAUCAUCCGGUGAUGGUGUACAAGUGACAAAUAUAUUGAAUAAAUUAUAUCUGAAAAAUAAUCGUUCUUCAUCAUCGGCUCAAGCUUAUCAUCGUUAUACGUUGAACUAUAUAAAUGCAUUACAAUAUCUGGAAACAUUACGAAGACAAUUAGAAUUUACAGAAUUCGAAAAGUGGUGCAAUCGUGAUCCACGAUGUAAAAAACUUCAAUUAACCGAUCUAUUAGUCACACCUGUACAGCAUGUAAUGCGUGUUCCAUUAUUGUUGAAAGAGAUUGAGAACAAAACUCAUCAACCGGAUGAAAAACGUAUUAUACAAUCAAUUAUUGAACAACAAGAACAUAGCCUUCGUGAAUUGGAUGAUAAGAUGCGUUGGUUAAAGAAUUUUGAACGUUUAUUGGAAAUUCAGCGUAAUAUUUUAUGGCCAUCCGUCCUCGAUAUGGAUCCAAAAGUUUUUGUACCGGAAUUUUUGAAAAGUUUUCUACAAAAACAGCCAUGUGAACGAUUGAUUGUUAGCCCUAGGCGACAAAUUGUAUUGGAAGGACCAUUGAUGGUGAUGGAUAGUGGUAAACCGAUAGAAAUGUAUGUCUUCCUAUUCGAUGAUUUAUUACUAAUUACUAGACGAAAAAAAGGUCUUGGUAAAAAGCAAUCAACCUUGACCGAACGUUGGGUCACUAAUUGUAGUGGCCGUACAUCCAGUUAUAGUUCAGUAGGUGGAUCAGGUGGUGGUUCUGGUAUGGGUGUUUCAAAUCCAUCUGCCACGGUUGUUGCAACAACAAUGGUAACCGGUGCUGGUACCAGUACCAGUAUUAGUGGUAGUAAUGUAGUAACCGCUGCAGUAUCCACUGUUCCUGGUACUGGUUCCAUAUCGACAACAGCGGUUGCAGGUGCUGGUACUGUUGUCACAUCUGCAGCGGUUGGAGGUCAUGUUACAUCUGGCAGUUUAGCUGGCGGUGGUGGUCAUCAUGGAUCAUCAUCUGGUCAUCAUGUAAUAACUACAACAACGGCAAGCGCCGGUUCAAUUACACAGACUGGUGUAAAUCUAAUGACAUUACAUGGUGAACCACAUCAUGGUCCAUUGACUGGUGGUCCAUCAUCGAUUAGUGGUGGUGUUGGUGGCAGCAGUAGUAGUGCUGCCUGUUUUAAAUAUGUGGUCUAUAAACAGCCAUUAUCUUUGGAUCGAUUCUACAUACAUGAUGUACCUGGAUCGGAUGGAAGUGGUGGUGGUAGCGGUGGUGGUGGCAGCAGCAGUAGCAAUUUGAAAAAUGCAUUUGUCUUGGUUUGUUUGAAUCGAUUUCAACAGGUCAUCACUGUUCAUACAUUUCAAGCGGCAAGCGAAUCGGCCAAACAUACCUGGCUAUCCAAAUUACGUAGUACCUGUGAUCGUUGGAAACGUACAUUACAAAGUAGUUGUGUAUUUCGUGCACAACAGCAACAACAAUCUAAUACUGCUACCAAAAGUGGUAGUGGUGGUGGUGGUGGUGGUGGUGGUGGUGGUGCUACUGGUAAUGAAUCGCAAAAAUCUUCCUCUUCCCGUCGACAGACACAAACAAAAAAUGAUUCAGAAUCCAAACCGACAACAUCCGUCCAUCAUCAGCAGCCUAAGAAUAAACGAGUAACAGAAAUGGUACAUCAUCAUCAAGGACAUCAACAGCUAUCGAGAAGUCCAUCCAAUCCACCAACACGAACAUCAUUAUCAGCAAUAAAUUUUUCAGAAAAUUCAAACCAAAAACCAAUUAAAACAACAACCACUAAUGAUUGUGGUGAUAAACGAAUGAGUAUCGAUAGUAUCAAUAGUGUUGAAGCAUCAGUUAGUUAUCAGAUUGAUGAUAGUCAAUUAACAGCAACGACAUUCACCUGACAAAAAAAAAACAAUUAAUAGCCAAAUCUUUAUUCUAUCAUUCACACAACAAUUAAAUCUUGAUGCUUCAUCACUAUAUUCGAUCACAACCAAUACCUCUUCCUUUCAUCAUCAUCAUCAUCAUCAUUAUCAUUAUCAUCAUCAUCCUUUUUCCAAAUUUAUUUCGUACAGAGAUUAUUAUUCUUGUUCUUUUUUUUCCCUUUCUAUUUUGAUAAAUCUACUAUUAUCACUUCUACUAUUUUCCUACUUUUAAUAAUUUACAUAAUCAAUAACCAAACACCAACAACAACAACAACAAAACAAUGAUCAUUAUCACUCUAUUUGAUUUUAUUUAUUUAUUAUUGAAUCCUACUACUUUCCCAUACACAUACACACACACAUAUUUAACUAAUUCUAUAUAUUAUCUACCUUAAAUUACCAAUGAAUCUAUCUAAAACCAUUCUAACUUAUUAUGCACAUCAUGACCUUACGAAAAAAAAACCUCUAAACAAAGAUAAAAACGAACAAACUGAUAAAAAACAAAUAAAAAAAAAUGAUGAAAAGCGAAGCACACACACACACAAACAAACAAAAUGAGCAAUGUGAAUCUGGUCAAAAUUUAUGAUUUAAUAUAUCAGCGCUUCCUAAACGUUGUGGUUGGCGGGUGAAAU